AUGUCAGAGGAAAAGACAACCGGAAAGGUUGGCAUUAGUUCCACCCCUGAUCUCUCCACUGGCGAUUGUGCAGAAGCAGAAAGUCAGGGAUUCGAUCAUGCCGCCACCAAGAAGCUACUUCGGAAGCUGGACUGGCACAUCAUUCCUUUCAUGUCACUCAUCUACUUACUAUGCUUUCUCGAUAGAACUAACAUAGGCAACGCACGCCUCGACCAUCUGGAGCAAGACUUGAAGCUCCACGGCUUACAAUAUAAUGACUGCCUUGCUGUCCUCUUUCCAUUCUACAUUGCGGCUGAGAUCCCCAGCAACAUCAUGAUGAAGCUGACCAGACCUUCGAUCUGGUUGUCGUUUAUUAUGUUCUUCUGGUCCGCAGCGAUGAUUGCACAGGGCUUCGUAUCGAACUACUCUGGGCUGAUGGCUACCCGAGUCUUCCUAGGCGUCUUCGAAGGCGGCCUAUUCCCGGGAGUUAACUACUAUAUUUCGCAGUGGUACCAGCGACACGAAUGCGGCUUUCGGAUGGCACUCUUCUUCUCAGCUGCAACGCUGGCUGGCGCCUUCGGUGGCAUAUUGGCUCGAGGCAUCGCUGAGAUGUCUGGUGUCGGUGGAAAGUCUGCGUGGUCAUGGAUUUUCAUCCUAGAAGGGCUCCUCAGCAUUCUAGUCAGUAUGGGUGCAUACUGGUGCAUUCAUGACUAUCCUGCAACCGCAACCUUCUUGUCGCCCAAGGAGCGUGACGAAGUCGAACGCCGCCUCCAAGAAGAUCACGGCCACCUGUCCAACGACUUCGAUAUGAAGUAUGUCUGGCAAGCGAUCGGCGAUUGGAAGAUCUACAUCUUCAUGUUCAUUUGCAUGGCGGGUUUCUGUCCGAUCUACUCCUUUGCCUUGUUCCUUCCGACGAUCAUCAAGAAUAUGGGUUACUCAGCCAACGAUGCGCAACUGAUGUCCGUACCUCCUUACGUAUGCGCCUGCUUCUUUACCAUUGCAGCCAGCUGGUACGCUGAUCGUGUCCGCAAACGAGGCAUCUUCAUGCUGUGUUUCCAGGUUAUCGCAAUUGCUGGCUUCUCAAUGCUUGCAGCUACAGCAAAGCCACGCGUGCAGUAUGCUGGAACGGUCCUUGCUGCGAUCGGCAUUUAUCCCCAGAUUCCACUUGGGAUGGCAUGGAACAGUGCAAAUAUUGGUGGAAGUCUAAAGAGAGGCACGGGAAUUGCCAUGCAGGUUAUGGGAGGCAACUGUGGAGGGAUCAUUGCAUCUUAUGUCUACAUCAGCCGCGAUGGGCCUCGAUACAUCAAGGGACACUGUCUGCUGAUUGCCAUCAUCACGUAA